GAAGUCGGGUUUUUUCCCCUUCAUGAAUUGAUUCUGUACCGAUGCUCGGCUCUUGUUGCGUGUGUGUGUGUGUGUGUGUGUGUGUGUGAUGAACAAGAUGUGUACAUUCCUCUCAGUGAAAGACGUUGUGGUUCUGCAGCAUCAAAAUGCUGCGUCACUCUGACAUUCACAAGCUAAAAUUAACACUUGUUUGUUUUUCUUUGGGAAGAUGAACUUCUGACCGAGUCUUUGGCUUCUAGCAGGUUUUGUUCAGGUUUGUUCUGAAUUUGUCUCAUUUAUUUUUCCUUUAGUUCUAACAUCUUCCCUUCCUGCAGCAUGAAGCUGCCACCACCAUGUUCUGUUUUCCCCCAGUGAACUUGCUGCCCUCCCUGAUGGUUCUGACUUCAAAUGUGCUUAAGUUGACAAGAAAUGUGAAAAUGUCACUUGAUAAUAAUGUGUCACUGGAAAAUUAAUUUCUGAAAAGAAACUAUAGAAGGGGAAACAUUAAAAGAACUCAAAUAAACGAGUUUCUUCACUGGGAGAAACUCUUCAUGUCUUGCUGAAGGCCAGGCAGCGUUUUAUAUCAUCAAUCCCUCUGAACAAGUCGGCCAUAUUUCUUCUGUUGUGUUUAACCUGUCAGUCAACCACAUAUAGGCCAACAUGUAGUCUGGAGCUCAGGGGAAGUACGACUGCCGACAGGAAGUGGCUGCGGCGUUUGCUGGGAGGAGGGACAGGUGAGGGCGUGUUGUUGGCCAGAGACACUAAAAGCUGCAGCACAGCAGCCAACUGGAACUUCCAGAGAUGGCGCUCUGCAAAGUGAUCUGUGUGGCGGCGCUGCUGACUCUGUUUACUCAAGAAUCUUCUUCUCAGUUGUCAGAUUGUGGUAAACCAGCAUUAAACACCAGGAUUGUUGGAGGAGCGGCGGCUCCUGAAGGGUCGUGGCCCUGGCAGGUCAGUCUGCAGACCUCGUCUCACUUCUGUGGAGGAUCUCUGAUAAACAGAGAAUGGGUGCUGACUGCAGGUCACUGCAUUAUCAGCAACAUUGGUUCGGCAAGACUGGUUCUGGGUCUUCAGAGUCUGACAGGAACCAACCCAAACAAAGUCACCCGGACUGUAGCAAAGGUUAUCCGUCACCCUAGUUACAGCUCUCUCACUCUGGACAACGACAUCGCCCUGAUAAAGCUCUCCUCAGCCGUAACGUUCAACAGCUACAUCUCGCCGGUCUGCCUGGCGGCGGCGGACAGCACCUUCUACAGCGGCGUGGACUCCUGGGUCACCGGCUGGGGCAACACUGGAUCUAGUGUUUCUCUUCCAUCUCCUCAAAACCUCAUGGAGGUGGAGAUUCCGAUUGUGGGCAACAGACAGUGUAAAUGUAGAGGCUAUGAACCCACCACCAUCACUGACAACAUGAUCUGUGCGGGAUUAGUGGAGGGAGGGAAGGACUCCUGUCAGGGAGACUCAGGAGGUCCGAUGGUGAGCAAACAAGAUGGCCGCUGGAUUCAGUCAGGAAUUGUGAGCUUUGGCAUUGGCUGUGCUGACCCAAAAUACCCUGGGGUCUAUGCCAGAGUCUCCCAGUAUGAGAAGUGGAUCAAAGACCAGAUCGCCAGCGACCAGCCGGGCUUCAUCACCUUCACAUCAACGGGAACCAACAGCGACCUCAGCAUCUCUUGCACUGGGGUCCCACCAAUCACACCAACGAUAUACUGCGGCCAGGCCCCACUGAACUCUCGCAUUCUGGCGGGUAGUUCUGUGGCGGCAGCUGGUGAGUGGCCGUCCAUGGCGAGUCUGCAGAAGAAGGGACAGCAUGAGUGUGGAGGGACUCUGGUGUCCAUGGAGUACGUUCUGAGCAACGCUGCCUGCUUCUCAGAAUCUCCUAAUGUGUCUGAGUGGACGGUGGUUUUGGGUCGUCUGAAGCAGAAUGGGACCAACCCAUUUGAGUCAUCGUUCAACGUGUCAAAUAUCACCAUGAGCAACCUGACCGGGUCCAACAUCGCUUUGGUUCAACUGUCCACACGCCCCACCCUGAGCAACUACAUCCAGCCCAUCUGCCUGGACAGCGGCAGAACCUUCCCGGUCGGAUCCAGCUGCUGGGCUGCUGGCUGGAGCUCUGGGCGAGGAGGAGUCGAGGAGCUUCUGCAGGAGUUUCAGACAUCGGUGCAAACCUGUGAAAAUGUUUCCUCCACGGAGAACAUCUGCACCUCACAGUUCACUCUGGAGAAGGGUGACCUUGGCGGUCCGCUCAUGUGCCAGCAGGACGGUUCUUGGUUCCAGGCUGCCGUGGUUCUGACCUUGAACUCCUCGACCAGCCAAACUCGAGCCAACACGAAUGUCUUCGUCAAACUCAGUAACUUUGACGACUUCCUGACUCGGAUACUCGGGGACUUCUUGUCUCCAGAACCGUCCACUAACGUCACCACUGCCUCCAGCGGACACCCCGAGGCUCACUUCCUCUUCCUCCACCUCCUCAUCCUCCUCUUGUGUCUGCAGCUCUUUCAACAUUGGUUCGGCAAGACUGGUUCUGGUCUUCAGAGUCUGACAGGAACCAACCCAAACAAAGUCACCCGGACUGUAGCAAAGGUUAUCCGUCACCCUAGUUACAGCUCUCUCACUCUGGACAACGACAUCGCCCUGAUAAAGCUCUCCUCAGCCGUAACGUUCAACAGCUACAUCUCGCCGGUCUGCCUGGCGGCGGCGGACAGCACCUUCUACAGCGGCGUGGACUCCUGGGUCACCGGCUGGGGCAACACUGGAUCUAGUGUUUCUCUUCCAUCUCCUCAAAACCUCAUGGAGGUGGAGAUUCCGAUUGUGGGCAACAGACAGUGAAAUGUAGAGGCUAUGAACCCACCCACCAUCACUGACAACAUGAUCUGUGCGGGAUUAGUGGAGGGAGGGAAGGACUCCUGUCAGGGAGACUCAGGAGGUCCGAUGGUGAGCAAACAAGAUGGCCGCUGGAUUCAGUCAGGAAUUGUGAGCUUUGGCAUUGGCUGUGCUGACCCAAAAUACCCUGGGGUCUAUGCCAGAGUCUCCCAGUAUGAGAAGUGGAUCAAAGACCAGAUCGCCAGCGACCAGCCGGGCUUCAUCACCUUCACAUCAACCGGAACCAACAGCGACCUCAGCAUCUCUUGCACUGGCGUUCCACCAAUUUUGUCCCCAACCACUACCACUACUACCACUACUACUCCCACUACUACUCCCACUACUACCACUACUACUCCCACUACUACCACUACUCCCACUACUACCACUACUACUCCCACUACUACCACUCCUACCUCUCCUGCUACCACUACAACAAGCACUACAAAGCCAAUAAUAAAACCACUGACUACUACAACCUCAGCAGCAACAAAACUCACCACAACCAACAUCAUCAAACCAACAACAGCAACAAGUACCUCCUCAGCACCGUCUCCUACAACAACCACAACCACUUCCAGGCCUGUAGCCUGUGGCGAAGCCCCGUUAAACUCCGGUUCUCCGGGUGGAAACUUGUCAUCAGAAGGCGAGUGGCCGUGGAUGGCGAGUUUGCAGAAAGGAGGAAAGCAUGUCUGUGGAGGGACGCUGGUGUCUGAGGACAACGUUCUGACCAAUGCCGACUGCAUUCCAGAAGACUCCGUGGCGUCUGAAUACACUGUUGUGUUGGGUCGUCUGAAGCAGAACGGAUCGAACCCUUCUGAGCAGUCUGUUGCUGUAGGAAACAUCACUCGGAGCUCCCUAACAGGUUCCAACAUCGCAUUGCUUCAGCUGUCAGCCAAACCCAAACUGACCAACUACGUUCGGCCCAUCUGCCUGGACAACGGAAGAACCUUCCCAGAGGGAUCCACCUGCUGGGCUGCUGGCUGGAGCUCUGUGAAUGGAGGAGCUGAGAAAGUUCUUCUGAAGUUCCAGACCGAGGUUUUAAGUUGUGGGAUUGAUUCAGAAAACGACACCCUGUGUACCGGAGUGUUUACACAGGAACAGGGUUAUUCUGGUGACCCGCUCAUGUGUCAGCAGGAAGGAUCUUGGUUCCAGGUGGUCGUGCUCUCGUUUGCUGAAAUCACUACCAGACAUAAGCGCCAGGCUCCUUUUAUGUCCUUCGAGAAACUGGACCGCUUCCAGGACUUUCUGAUCCGCUCUCUGGGGCCGUUUCUGACUCCAGUCAUCAGAAACGGCACCGCCGGCACAAACAACACCGCCAACAGCAACGCCGAGGCUGCAACUGUCGCCAUCACGAUGAGCAGAGCGACCCAGAACCCCUUUGCCUCAGAGCUCUGCCUGCCCCUGGUCCUCCUGGCGGCGUGCCUCCACCUCCUCUCAUAGACCUCCACCUCCUCUCAUAGACCUCCACCUCCUCUCAUAGACCUCCACCUCCUCUCAUAGACCUCCACCUCCUCUCAUAGACCCACCUCCUCUCAUAGACCUCCACCUCCUCUCAUAGACCUCCACCUCCUCUCAUAGACCUCCACCUCCUCUCAUAGACCUCCACCUCCUCUCAUAGACCUCCACCUCCUCUCAUAGACCUCCACCUCCUCUCAUAGACCUCCACCUCCUCUCAUAGACCUCCACCUUUACAUGAUGUGACGCACAAAUGAAUGUAAGCUGCUACUCAGGGGGCUCAGCCAGUGAGGUUCUGCUUCUGGAGGAGCCUUUCCAUCCUCAGGGAGACCUUGUUUUUGUUGAGUCAUGUUUGAUUAGUUUGAUGCAGCAGAGUGGACCCAGAACCUGCUAGCAGAUGUCAGCUGGACUGAACUACCUCACUGCGCUGCGGCGGACGUUUCCUCCUGAAGUUACAACAUUCCUAAUGUUUACAUGAAUGUUUGCACUGAAGUGAUUGUAAGAAGCAAGCUACAUCUGAUCAAAUCAACGGCUCUUUAUGUUCUCUCAGGCUUUGAUUGCACUUUACUGUAAAACUGUAUUGAGAAAUAAAUGAGUUUUUCUUUAAACUG